ACAAAGGAAAGAAUUUUAUCGAUUAAUUAGAAAGCUUUUGUCAACAUCAGCAUCAAAAUAUUCGUCUCAAAAUCAUCUUUUCCAGUUUCGGAUGCUGCCAUUGGAUUUACUGAAUGCAAAAUAACCAUUGUUCAUCUAUUGAAGAUGACCUUGUGGGGAACCCCCCAGCAGAAUGUCAAGGUGAACAAUGACUGCCGGCUGUAGAGAAGGUGUGGGGGCGUCAAGUCUCUCAUCCGGUUGAUCCUUCAGCAGAUCUCACGUCUGGUCCUGCCUGGAUGGUCGCGGACAUUCGUUCGUUAUCCUGCUCUCUCUUUCUCUCUCUUUCUCUCUGAUGAACAUUUGCUAUGCUGGAGUUAACGUUGAGGGUUCCAGCAGUUGUUCUUCAAACAUGUGUCUACGGGUCUUUGAAACGGAGAAAAUGAUGCAGAACGGCGGUUAGCUUUUGCCUCCUGUGUGUGUGCUUCGACACACGAAGAAUUCAGCUCCACGCUUCUGAGUUUCGUCCAGCAGAUGUGUUUGUCAAGCCCGCGUUAAAAAAUAAAACAGUUCUAGUAUUUUUUAUAUUUCACCCAGGCGUAGAAUGCCUGGUGUGACAGACUGAUAUACUGCGUGUGUCGUGUGUCGUGUGAUGACUGUUCUAGAGUGGCUCUGACCGCCGGUCGGCACACAGUGACCGGACUUUAUACAGACAGUCGUGGCGUGUUCCCACCCCGCCUCUCGGGGGGAUAGCGUCACCAUGGCAACGUUGGAGUGCAACAACACGCAAGACUCUUACCCCACGGAGAACGGCGACAGUCUCCCAGAGGAGAAGAGUCUGAGCAUCGAUUAUUCCGAAGAUCUUUGGUUGGCCAACGAGGACUCGUCGGGGCCCUACGCUCAGCAGCCGAACAAAGUCACGUCUGGCGAUGGCGUGGUGGUGACCAACGUUCCUAGCUCUCAGCCGGAGUCCAUGGCCAGCUACCCCAACUCGGUGGAAGCGGCUCACGCCUCCGAGGUUCUCGCGACUUCGGACGGCGACGGCCAAUCGUUCCAGGAGGGCGUGCCCGUGGUGGUGGAGGCGGGGACAGUGGUGGUGGGCGGCGGCGAGUCGCGCCCCCUGGAGCCCGCGGCAAACUUCCUCAAUGGCGGCACGGUGGAGCAGAACGGCACGGACUACAACGGGGGCGCCGGCCACGAGAGCAAGGAGUUCGUGCAGCUGGUGCCCGCCGGCAGUUUUGUGGAGGGAGCGGGGGGAGCGGCGGUGGUUGUGGGGGGCGGGGAGGGUCAGGACAAAACCUUCACGGCUCUCAUGCCGGCCGCGGGGUUAGGGGUCAACGGCGAGGUGCCGCAAGGCUUCAGCACAAUGCUCGCUGCCGGCCACCCACACAUGGUGUUCUACGGCUCAGGCGAGACGCUCGCCUCCGACGGGGGCCAGGCCGCGGUGAUGAGUCACGAGGCGCUGACCUACGCCCCCCAGGCAGCUGCGGUUGCCGGGGGUGACGACGACGGGGGUAGUAGCUCGGUGCGGUACGAGCAGGCGGCGCAGAUGGCCGAGGGGGAGGGGGAGGUGGUGGACAGCAAGGAUGGCAUCUACGUGGCCGUGGACAAUCUGUCCUCGGAGAACCAGUCGGUGGCCGUGUCAGGGAACUUCACCGUCCUCAACCCGGCCAUGAUGUCUGCCGCGCCCCCCGGGGUCGAAGGUCAAACGUUUGCCAACGCGACCUCCAGUGGUAGUGGGGGUGCGGCGACCUACCACAACAUCUCCACACUGCCGUUUGUUCAGAAUGGGACCUUCUCCACACAGCCCGGUUACUCGGCGGCCUUUGACCCCGCCGGGACCACCAUCAUCACCACCAGCAACAGCAGCAGCCACAGCAACGGCGUGCUGGUGACCCACAACAACAACAACAUCAACAACGGCGUCGUGGUGCCAUCUGCCGAGUAUGUAGACGGCCAGCAGUCGUCGUCGUCUUCCUACGCGGCGGGGGGCGAGGGGGGCAGCCAGGUGAAGAUGGAAGAAUUAGAUCCCGCAGCGGUGGACGACGAUGAAGGAGAGGAGGAGGAGGAGGAUGGGAGCGGCGCAGAGCUUGGGGAGGGGAUGGAGAUGUCAGAGUUCAUGUGCCCCGUGUGCAACGAUCCGUUCCCGGAUCAGGCCAGUUUGGACGAGCACGUGGCCAACCACCCGCCCCCUAAGACCUUCGUGUGCCAGACGUGCGGGAAAGGGUUCGCCACGCGCCGCUACCUCAAGUACCACCGCAAGAACCACUGCAAGCGGGCAGGCUCGUACGAAGGUCGCGGCGACCUCGACGAGACGGACCCCAACGGGGAGGUCAGACGAUUCACGUGCAAUGUGUGUAGCCGGCCGUUCCGAGUGCUCAAGUGUAUGAAGGUGCACAAGAAGAAGAAGCACGGCAUCCUGAAGGAGUUCACCUGCCACAACUGCACCGUGACCUUCAACUCUUCGCAAGAGCUCAUCAGCCACCCGUGCAAGCCGCAGCCGGCCCGGGCGGUCAUGGAUGUUGCCACGGCGACGACCAGCGCCCCGGUUCAGGCCAGCCCGCCCCCGCUGGCGUUCCCCGGGCCGCGGAAGAAGAAGAAGUUGCGGCAGGCUAAGCCGGCGUGUGACAUUUGCGGCAAAGUGUUUGCGGACCGCAUCAGCGUGGACAUCCACCGGGUGAAGCACAUAGAGGAGGAGCUGUACCCGUGCGACAUGUGCGAGACCUGCCCAGAGGGCUCCGACAACCACCACCUGGCCGUCUAUUUCCGGAUUAAGUUCUUCACCGACGACAACCAGCAUAUCCUGGAGGACCAGAAGGCCGCUGUGGCCUCGACCGACCCGAGCCGGCCAGAGGAGAGUACCGCGGGGACCACACCCUCCCACACUCCGGGCACGCCCAUGCAGGGCUCCGCCACGCCCCUCUCCGCCCCCGCCACGCCCAUCUACCUCCCCGCUACGCCCGGGGGCCAGGGCCAGGGUCCGGGUACGCCGGCCUCAGUCAACGUCCUGAACCCCGCGGAUGGUCGCGUGGAGGUCGUGGACGGCCAGUUGUUGGACCAGUACUCGCAGUAUGGCUCACACCUAGCCGCGGGGGCGUCGGGAGGCGACCAGGUCGUCAACAACUACUUGCUCAAACAGUACGUGCUUCCUGAGGGAGGGGAGGCCACCGCUACCAUAUCUGCCGCGGCUGAGCAACAACAACAACAACAACAACAACAGACUGUGCUGAUUGGCCACCAACCGCAAGGUCAGCCCGGGCUGGUGGUGCAUCAGCAUCAUCAUCAUCAGCAGCAGCAGCAGCACGUCUACGUCGGGGAGAGCAGCGGGGGUGGCGGUGGCGGGGGUGCCGCCUCGGCGGGGAACGAGUCGCUGGACGGCAGCAUCGCGGGCUCGGCCGAGAAGAAGAAGAAGCGCAGCAAGACACACACUUGCGACAUCUGCAACAAAUCGUUCGGCGACUCGGCCAAGCUGGAGCUCCACUACAAGUCGAACCACCUGGAGGACCGCCCCUUCCAGUGCGACGUCUGCGACAAAUCCUUCUUCACCAAGUGGAAGCUGCAGCGGCACAUGCUGAGCCACCUGGAGCAGAAGCCGCACUCGUGCCCGAUGUGCUCGAAAUCCUUCGUGGAGCGCGGGAAACUGGACGCGCACUACCGCACGCACCUGGGCACCAAGCCCUUCAAGUGCGAGCACUGCCACAAGGCGUUCACGGUCAAGUCGCAGCUCACCAUCCACGUGCGGCGCAUCCACAGCACGGACCAGCCCUUCGCCUGCCUCGAGUGCGGAAAGGCCUUCCUCUGGAAGUCGGGCCUGGACAAGCACAUGCGGAAACAUACGCGCGAGAAGCCGUACAGCUGCCACUGCGGCCAGAGAUACUCCAACAAGUCCAACCUCAUCCUGCACAUGUCCAAAGUGCACAACGAGACGCACGUCGACGCUCAGGCGGGUCAGUGAGGGGAGUACACACUCACGCACACACACAUCCCUCUUCCU